AUGAAUCGAGGCGCUUUUGACAUACAGCCGAUUGGCCGCUUCUAUGGAUCCAAUGCUACGAUUCGCCGUCCUAAGGAGAUCACUUGCUUUUCAUAUGAUGACCAGCACUCCUUUCAUUUAGGGGAUUUGUCCCUACGAUACUACUAUCCACCACAUCUUCCGGCAGACUUGAAUCGUGGUUAUGAUACCUUCCAAAAGCUGGAUGACUCGGCGGAUGAGCAUCUAAAUGCUCUACUGGAAACGAUCAUGGCUUUGGAAAAGGAGACAGGAAAGAAAUGUGAGGCCGAUAUCAUCACCUGGAGGGGAAUGAUGACCAAAAUCCUGACGGCGCCAUUCGACAAUUUGAAUGGAUUCGAAAUGAAUGCGACUCGGUUCCAAGAUACUAUAUUUAUUGAAGAGAACAAUCUCUACAAGAACCAGCAAAAACAGUUACAAAAGAAUCAACGAAUGCCCCCAGGGAUGCCUUCUCAGGAUAUGAUGGCCUAUUGGGGGUACAAAUUCGAAACACUAUCUCUUCUCAACCAGCCAUGGGACCCGACGACACGUGAAGAGAUUGAAUCCCGGGAUGAGCUGACUGUGAACAACAAUGCCCAAUACUGCUCAGUUGUACGCACAGGAAUAGGCAAGACGCGACUGAUAAUCGGGGGCGAGGUUGAUGCCGUCUGGGAUUGCAAGCCUACUCGAAAAGAAGACGGUAUUCACUGGGUGGAACUUAAAACAUCUGCAGAGAUCAGAAACGAUCGGGACAUGUUGAAAUAUGAGCGGAAACUGCUAAAAUUCUGGGCACAGUCAUUCUUGCUUGGUGUUCCCAAAAUCAUUGUAGGCUUUCGUGAUCAACGUGGUAUAGUCCAUCGCUUAGAAGAGCUUGAGACUGCCAGCAUACCAAAUAAAGUCAAAAAUGCUGGUAGGGGUACCUGGGACGGGAACAUUUGCAUCAAUUUCACUAGUGCUUUUCUCGAAUGGCUAAAAUCUACUAUUAAUGAGGAGGGGAUGUGGAGAAUUCGAAAGCCCGAGAAAUCAUCCAUUAUUGAAGUAUUCAGACUCGAAGAGAGUGGAACGGGUGAUCUAAUUUCGCCAUCAUUCUCAACCUGGCGGUCAAAGACAUGA